AAUGCCAAUUAAACAUGUUUGUUUUGGAUCUACCAGUAGCGCCUAUGUAUAUUUUUAUUGGUAUUAUGAUCAGUUCCACAACAGCAGAGACAACUAUACCAGCAGAUCCGUUUCCAGCUGAUCCUAUGUUCAAUACUGAAACAACAAUAGCUCCAACAGUGCAGACUGUACCAGUAGAUCCUAUAAUCAACUCUGAAACAACCACAACUACACCAUUGGUGACUGUACCAGAAGAUCCUAUAAUCAACUCUGAAACAACCACAACUACACCAUUGGAGACUGUACCAGAAGAUCCUAUAAUCAAUGCUGAAACAACCACAACUACACCAGUGGAGACUGUACCAGUAGAUCCUAUAAUCAACUCUGAAACAACCACAACUACACCAGUGGACACUGUACCAGAAGAUCCUAUAAUCAAUUCUGAAACAACCACUACUACCCCGGUAGAGACUGUACCAGUUGAUCCUAUAAUCAAUUCUGAAACAACCACAACUACACCAUUGGAGACUGUACCAGAAGAUCCUAUAAUCAAUUCUGAAACAACCAUUACUACCCCGGUUGAGACUGUACCCGUUGCAGACUCUACAACAGCUUCGGGAACAACAGUUCCUCCUGUGGAUGGAGAAUGGGGUGAUUGGAGUACUUGGACAACUUGCAAUGCUUAUUGUGGAACAGGAAAAAAAUACAGAUCAAGGGCAUGUGACAAUCCAGAACCAUCCAAUGGAGGUCAAGAUUGUGCUGGUAGUACAGAGGAAUCUGCAGAUUGCGUAAAUGGCGAAUGUUGUGCGCCAAGAGUAUUUGACAUGGCUUUAAUGGUCGAUUUGUCACUCGAUCCUAUGACGGAAAUCACGACCUUCGUUAAAAGUGUAGCUAACGUGACUACAAUUGCGCCUUCCCGAACAAGGAUAUCGAUGGCAACUUUGAGUUCUUCUGUAAAACUGAAGUUUGAUUUUGUAACUUACACAUCAUAUGCAGACGUAUCUGACGGAAUAAGUUUAUCAAAUACGUAUGGAAGACCAAAUCUUAAAGAAGCCUUAGAUUAUGCAAGGGGUACAAUGUUCACAACAGAGAAUGGGGAUCGAUCUGAUGUUAGCGAUGUUUUAAUCAUGGUUAUUUCUGAUAGCGUUGAUGACGAAGAAGUAGAUAUUGCUGCUCAAAGUCUAAAGGAUAAUGGAGUUUAUCUGAUAGUAGCCGAAGAGACACGAACAUCUUCAAGUUCCACAUCCGUAGUGGAACCUGUGUCAGAUUUAUAUGCUUCUUUCACAAAAUCAUGGUCAUCUUAUAAGUUAACUUCAGCGCUAAAUGCUAUUGAAAAUGGAUUUCCUUGUAAUUAUUUUUGUGCAACAUCUUUCUUUGCCUUAGAUUCCCCUUCAACUCUGUCAACAGGAAAUGACUCAAGUUCGGGUUAUUUAUAUAUAAUGACGGACAGUCCAUUCAAAGCUACUUGUUGUGGUGCAACAUCAGCAUGGGAAUUUUUUGCCGUUAAUUAUGGAACUGUGGAAAUGAUGAUUUUCAGACAAGCAUCUUUGAAUGACUAUUACUUAGUUGGAUCAACGACUGUAAUAGUACCUGAGAAAUAUGUCAACACAACGAUUUCUUUCUCUUUGACGUCUUCAGAAAGAAUAGCAAUUGUUGAAGGUGACAUGUUGGCGUGGUAUACAAAUGGACCUAAUAUGAUUGGUCAUGCUGAUUGUACUAUAACAAGUAGAUCAGAUUGUCCACAAAACAACAAAAGACUGUACCAGCCAGGUGCUAAAUUUAACGCAGGAGAUUCAAUUGACUUUUCAUCGGCAGAAACAAUAGCUAACAAGGGUUUCUCAAUAAAAGUAGCAACAACAAAUAAUACAGAACUUACUUUGAUAACCAUCCAAAACGAAACUGAAAUAGAAGAGAGUACACCAAUUGGAACUAAAGUAUUAUACUUUAGAGUUGAAGAUACUGAUUUAAACGAUAACAUCACCUUUACCCUAUCUGGAGACAGUGAACUAUUUAUAAUUAGUGAAGUUCAAUUUGAAAAGGUUACAUUAAACCUCAAUUCUACAGUGCCAAGGAAUGGUGGUCCUUAUAUAAUCACAGUGACAGGGACAGAUUCUUGUCAGCAUACAGCUUCAGCAACCGUCACAGUUUCUACCUAUAACGCUCCACCUAUUAUUAACAAUUUGCCAUCUAUUCUCGAGAUCAGCGAGUCAACGACAUCCUCAAUAUUUCUAUACACAAUCAAUGUAACAGAUGCCACAAAUGAUGAAAUAUGUUGUACCUUAGCAUACACAUUGCCUGUCAGUCAUAAUUUUAAUUUUACAAAGGACGAUGGAGUAUAUUCAAUAUGGACUGUUGAAGAGCCGGCAUUUGCAUACAACGAUAUAGACUCAUAUCGAAUCUUCAUAUGCUGUCAGGAUGACCUUGGGUCAAGUACAAGUUACUUAAUAUUGAGACUGACAGAGGUUGCUGAAACUAAACAAUAUAUCCCUCCAGAUUGGUUCUACAGAGCAAUUAUUAUUUCUUUGCUGCCUAUAUCAUUUAUGACAAUACUUUCCGUUGCCACGCUUGUUAUUACCAUGUUUUUCCUAGACGGCGAUAUUAUAGUACCAGAAAGGACUGAAACGGCAGUAUUAAUCAGCAGAGAACCAACACUGGUAUCAGAUGACGACGAUGCUACUAUUCUAUCUGAAAUAGAAAAUACUCUAAUUAAGCCUGUGAGUAGGAGUAUAGAGUUUAAGGACUUAUAUAAGAAUGAAGUCGUACAGAUACCUGUAUGGACAGGGAAAUUUCGUAAAGCUCCUCAGGAGACUGCCCAAAACGCAUGGCGUGAAAUAUCUAACAUUGAUAUUGAAGAGCAAUCUAAUUUGCCGUCUGGACCACGAACGAAAGGAGAUGCUUUUGGUGUACAAUUGAAAUUAUUUCACUUUGGUAAAAAGCCGAUGAAUUCACUUUCAGCAGAGGAAAAAGCAACUCAAAUGCUUCAGAAAAAGAAUGCACUUAAAGAAAAGUGGAAAGAAAUAAUUGCAAAAGCAGAAUCAGAUAAAAAAAAGAAAGAAAUAAAAAAGAAGACGGAAAAUCAUGAUUUGUCACCAGCAGUAGAUAAACAAAAUUCGCUCAUACAGAGUAGAAGCAAUUCAAUCAAUAUCGCCGAGGAAAAAGGAAAAUCUCAAAAUAGGAGCAGUUCAAAAAAUACAAGUGAAGAAAAUAGAAUAUCUCCAUUAAAGAAAAAAGCCUCCACCACAGUAAUCAAUGAAAGCAAUUAUGACAUUAUUGCUGAGAAAAUGUACGAAUCAAAUGAAACAGAGAGCCUUGUUUUAAACAUUGACACCCAGUCGUCCGAUAGUGCUGCUGACAAUACAGACACAAUAGGUGAUGAAAAUUCUAGCGUUGCUAAUAUGGAUGUGAUGAAAGAUGAAAGUGAAAAUCUCAGUGUAUUCAAUGAAAUCGUUGAAACAGGUACUGCAGCUAUUGUAACUGAUAUGAAAAAGUGAUUUUUAUAUGGCAUGUAAUGUGUUUUGCUGAACAGUUGAAUCAAUGUUACUUUCCAUUACAUUUUAGGUAUAUGAUGACAGAAUUUUUCGCUUGCAUGAAAUAGUGAUUUUCACACAAUUUUAAAAUUACCCUGCUGUUUAUGACGGUACUCUUUUGCUUCACUUUUAUUAGUUAUGAAGAGUAACAUAUUGUAAAAACGUAUACAAACAACUUUAAGUCCUAUUUAACAGCUUCCCAUUUUCCCUUUAUUCGCUUAUAAUUUAAUCAAAAGCGCAAAGAGGAUUGAUAAUUGUGUAAAAUACACAUACAAAUGGAUUAACCUUCUUGGGAUGUAUAAUUCUGCAGCCAUAUCCAAUAUAAUAAGGAUUUAGUGUAUCUUUAGAACUGCACCGAACGGCGCUAGGCUGUAAAAGAUUUUUGUACACGCUCCUAAUAUGAUAAGAAAUCACUUUCUGAUUUACCCAUUGAACAAAAUCGGCUAUUAUUGUACAAAUUCCCCUCCUGAACAUGAAAUAACUGUUUGAUGAUAUGGAAUAUCAAUAGAAAUGGUUUAGUUUAACAUUCGAAA